AACAGACCGAAAUGGGAUGUAUCGGUGGUGUACGCAUUGAUCGUAUCACUGAUCAUCGAACUGUUCGCCAUACUGUAUUUGUUUCUGCCUCGCGAGUUCUGCUGUGAACGUUACGAAUAUUUGACAGCACCGUUCAGUGGUUUUGCGUUAUGCAUCACAAUACUACUCCUCUACACCACAGUUACGUACGCUCAACGUUUAUUACGAAAAUUUUUGCUGACCACUGACUACAAAAGUUUCGAUGUUUCAACUGUAAAGAUCAGAUUGGGCUUCAGCUUUUACCUCUGCAUUGUUGCACUUCUCUUGGCGUUUUUUUCAUUUCUUGUUGGCGUAUUCAAUGUUACGUUGGCCUGGUGUUUUCUUUGGCGAUGA